CUCCUUCGUAACGCUCUAGAUUCGAUAACUACACCAGAUGACACAGUGACAGUGUUGUAUUGAGUAAGUGGUUGUUGAUGUUCAUGGGCCCACCUCGGUUUUGUCACUUCCGUUUCGGAUGCAGGAGCGUCGGUUAUCUCUUUGCACAGCCAUAACUACUGGCGAUAACGUCUGCGUCGGCAAGAACAAAGGAGUUUUGACCACACAAGCGUCUGCUUCUUGACUCUCGGUUUGUGAAAAUGAAUUCGUGGCUUGGACAGUCGGUUGCGUUUUGAUAUUGCGAUUGCGAGGUAGCGUAGUAUCGGUUGCCCCCAAGUGACCCACAUCGGAACAAACAAGGGCACUUGGAAGUUGCGUUUCAGUUUAGUGAGAAGGAAAUCUUCCAUUCUUGCGUUAGCAGCCAUGAAGAUACUGUACUUUUUUAAUUUUAUCGUGACAGCGGAAGUAAAUUCAUUUAUAUGAAGUCGACGUAGUAUUAUCACCGCGAUUUCCUUUCAUCUCCAUGACGUGUAAUAUGACCCACUCUAUUUUCCCCUGCGAAGCAUUAUUUUCUAUCACGCUUUGGUAUAGAAAUUUUGGACUUUAACAAUUCCGAAAAAUAUGUCUGGCUCUACGAACCCUCUGAUAGCAGCGGACUGGAUUCCCUGCAGACGCGACGAAUGGCGGCUGAACAGCCUUCGGGUGCAAGAGUAUGAGCAUCUUGUGCGCGCACGCGAUCCACAAAACGGGCUUCGCUUUUCCUACGCGGAAGGGGACGUCGGGAGUACUGCUGCGGAGAACAAAUCGAAUCCGAAACACUGGCGGUGCCAGUGCCAGGGAAUCGUGGGAGAGAUGACGAUAGAGAUGGAAAACGUUGAAGUUUUCUUCAUCAGCGGAGACAAGACGUGCUUCUUUCGAGGUGACUUGCGGGCGGAGUUCUUGGAUCCCGAGAACAUGGCGACUGCUGCACGCGUCGACAGCCUCACACACGGCGUCUACCGCGGGCCGGUGGAUCUGUGUGUUUUCGAAGCCGAACUGGGAGAGGCGGAACCUCCGGGCCGCGAAGAGGACACGCAAGAUGUAGUUAAAACCGCUGUGUUUCUCCGCGUAAGCAGUGCGACGAGCGGGCUCUUGGAGUACUGGACCACUGCAACGCCUGCGCGUCUGAACAUUACGCAUCUCAUAUCCUAUGUAAAAACGUCCCCACCCCAGAGUCAAGAUGGAGAUUUUGCAACACAAACCUUGAAGUUUUGGGAAUCACGCAUGACAAAUUGCAGGCUGUAGUGUAGUGCAGUUUAUUAAGGGAAGCCGCAUAACAAAUCGAUCUCUUUAUGCUGUUUACAGCAUUACAAGUUCCAAAACACGAUUGAUAAUGCCCCUCAUGGGAUCGCGCGUUACAAACGCUCUUGUGCUUGCAGAUCUGCAUCACAACUCUGGGGUGGGGACGUUUUUACUCAGGAUAUCUCAACACGUACCCGCACAGCAGAGCAGCUGAACAGCAAAAAUCUUUCGACGGAUUAUUGUCCUCUUCUCCGCCCGGCGCGGGGGCUGGGUCACGAGCGUGGUACCGGGUCGAGAACAAGAAAGUGCUCCGCACCAAAUUAUAUCGUCGGAGCACAGCCGCUGGCUACAAUUAUACGUGAGGAACCGUGCCGCUGAGAAGAUAAGGCUGGAGUUGUAAAAUAACUACCGACUUCAAGCAAGACCAAGAGCUAAAAGAUGAAACGUCUAGAGAUUGAUGUUUGUACGUACUUAUCCACUCCUUGCAGCUCGUAGUUGUUAAGAUCACGAAGACCGCCGUGCGGGCGAGAAAGAAUUGAACGUCGCCCAAAAAUAGAUAUCGAAAUCCUUGUUGUAUGUAAAAGUACUUUUUCGACACG